AUGUUUAUUAUUGUGAAUCAGAUGGACGGUGGAGUAGUGCAUCCACAUCCCGGCGUGGUGCAUGGAGGUGUUCCAGUCAUCCAUGGGAUGCCGGUCCACGCAGGCCCUGACAGUGAACACGCCCCACACCCUCGCCGGCGAUAUCCUAACAGACCCAAGCCUAUCAACAACCUGGAAAGACUACCACUUGAUGAAGCAGCUAAACGGGAAAUGGAAUCUCUUCCAAUGAAAACGCCAGUAUCAGUGCUUCAAGAGCUUCUGGCUAGACGAGGCACAGUUCCCAAAUAUGAGUUGGUUCAGAUCGAGGGUAUGAUCCAUGAACCCACAUUUCGUUAUCGAGUAACUGUUGCCGAUCUUGUUGCUUUAGGCACUGGGAGAUCUAAGAAGGAGGCCAAACAUUCAGCGGCAAAGGCUCUGUUGGAUAAACUUACUGGUGCUACACCAGCUGAUCAGCCUACCAAUGGAACAGUCCCAGAAACAAGUACAGUGGUGUCGUCAUUCGAAGAUAAAUUAAUGGGCAACCCUGUAGGAUGGCUUCAGGAACUUUGUAUGUCUCGUUUUUGGCCACCACCUUCCUACCACGCUGAGAAUGAUGAUAAUGUUGCCAGACGUCUGCCACACGAACGCCAGUUCACUAUAAUAUGUACUCUGCUUAAACGUCGUGAAGUAGGUACGGGGAAAUCAAAGAAACUUGCAAAAAGACAAGCGGCUUACAAGAUGUGGCAAGCAUUACAAGAUAAUCCACCAGAAGCUUUUCAACCAGAGGAAGAGGGCGGUGUAGCGGCGAGAUAUGCCGAUCUGAAAGAUAGUAAAAUAACAACACUCACGACCAGCCAUAGCCACAAAGUGUCGCAGUUCCACAAACACCUCAAACAAUCUGUGGGACCCAACCUGGUCAAGUUGCAGGUAACACCGCUCAACAAUAAGGACUUCAAUUUCGUUCAGUUCUUACAAGAGAUUGCAUCGGAGCAGUCCUUUGAAGUGACAUAUGUUGAUAUAGAAGAGAAGACAAUGACAGGUCGCUCCCAGUGCUUGGUACAGUUGUCAACUUUACCUGUGGCUGUUUGUUAUGGUUCAGGUUUAACGAGCAAGGAUGCUCAAUCAUCUGCGGCUCAAAAUGCUCUGGAAUAUCUCAAAAUUAUGACCAAAAAGUGA